AUGGCGGACGCCUUGUGUAACCAAGUGCCUCGAUAUCUGCAGCUGACUCUCCUGGAGAAGCUACAUGCCCUGUUCACAACCUUUUGCGCCACACUAGCCGAUCGCCUGCACACUCCUGCUGGAGUCCUGCCAGAGCUUUCCUUGCCUCGUAUCACACAAAAGUUUGCAGAUCCUGGACGAUGCACUGGUGCAAUCGAAACGGAAGAGGUGGGUGUUGUGGAAACCACUCCGGCACUGAAAACUCACUAUUCCACUGCCUUCCUGGGUUAUGGCCCAAACUGGGACAUUUACCUGGACGCAAUUCACUAACUUGGAAGACCCAUACUACUCAUGAGCACAAGCAACCUCGCAUAGGGCCUCGAGGUCAGGUUCUGGUCAAAACCUGGGACUAGUAAAACUGGCGAUAUGGGCAUCGUUAAGGCCUGGGGCUGGCUGGGUGCAGAUUCACGG